GGCUCCUCUGCCUCUGCAGCACCGGGCCCUGCGAUGCCGUUUGGCUGCGUGACACUGGGGGACAAGAAAGACUACAACCAACCGUCCGAGGUGACCGACAGAUAUGACCUGGGCCAGGUCAUCAAAACGGAGGAGUUCUGCGAAAUCUUCCGGGCAAAGGAGAAGACAUCAGGGAAGCUGUACACCUGCAAGAAGUUCUUGAAGCGGGACGGGCGCAAGGUGCGGAAGGCUGCCAAAAAUGAGAUCAUCAUCCUGAAAAUGGUGAAGCACCCCAACAUCCUGCAGCUGGUGGACGUCUACAUCACGCGCAAGGAGUACUUCAUCUUCCUGGAGCUGGCCACGGGCCGGGAGGUUUUCGACUGGAUCCUGGACCAGGGCUACUACUCGGAGAAGGACACCAGCAACGUCAUCCGGCAGGUGCUGGAGGCUGUCGCAUAUCUGCACUCUCUCAAGAUCGUUCACAGGAACCUCAAGCUGGAGAACCUGGUGUACUACAACCGCCUGAAGAACUCCAAGAUCGUCAUCAGUGACUUCCACCUGGCCAAGCUGGAGAAUGGUCUCAUCAAGGAGCCCUGCGGCACCCCUGAGUACCUGGCUCCGGAGGUGGUGGGGCGGCAGCGGUACGGGCGGCCGGUGGACUGCUGGGCCAUUGGUGUCAUCAUGUACAUCCUCCUCUCGGGGAACCCCCCCUUCUACGAGGAGGCGGAUGAGGAUGACUACGAGAACCACGACAAGAACCUCUUCCGCAAAAUCCUGGCCGGGGACUACGAGUUCGACCCCCCCUACUGGGAUGACAUCUCGCAGGCGGCCAAGGAACUGGUGACACGGCUGAUGGAGGUGGAGCAGGACCAGCGGAUCACGGCGGAGGAGGCCAUCUCCCACGAAUGGAUCUCUGGCAACGCUGCCUCCGACAAGAACAUUAAGGACGGCGUCUGCGCUCAGAUCGAGAAGAACUUCGCCAGGGCCAAGUGGAAGAAAGCCGUGCGAGUGACCACGCUCAUGAAGCGGCUGCGGGCACCCGAGCAGACGGAGUCGGCCCCUGCAACCACCGCCGCCACCACCGCCACCGCCGCCACCGCCACCACGGACGCCGCGGCCCCCCUGACCCCCGCCACGCCGCCCACCGCCAGCCCGGCCGCUGACACGUGUAACGGGGCCGGGGACGCCGCCGCCCUCGCCGAGGCCCCCAGCGAGCCGAGCGGCUGA